UCUCAUUUACUCAAAAACCAUACAUGACUCUUUAAAGAGUCCUGGCUCCUUAAAAUCUCUGGACAAAGUACUGCUCCGUAUUUUUGGUUUUAGUUUGACCUGGAAUCACCUAGCCCGAAGCUGCCUUCAUAUUCAGCUUCUACCGACCAACCUCAAGCUUCUUCCAGUUGCUUAAGCCUCCUCCUCCUGCAGCUUAGCAGCAAGGAGCGCCCCAGCACUUCCGCCUGGUAACAGGAAAAAAAUGCCAUCCCCGCAUAUGGAAAUCAAAACCCUGUGUGACUGUGCCCUUAUCACUCUCGUCCGCAAGGGAGCUCUUCUCUCCACAUUUAUAUCAUCAACUAUACUCAACUGAACAGUAUAUGAUGAAGGAAGAGAUCUUUCCAUUUGAUGGAUAUGCACUCAGGACUUAUAUUAUUGGUGGCUUGGAAGUUUGAGAUGAGAAUAGGACCUGCUGGGUAACAGGCAUUACAGCAAUGAUGUGUCUCUGUAAAAGUAAAGGCUUACUGUCACUUUUUCACUCAAAACAUGCUUUCAAAUUUGCAAAUGUUACAAGGCUCUUGUCUACAAGCACAGGCAAUCCUGACCUGCAGGGGAGGAAAUUAGAUUUUUUAAGUAAAUUCGAGGAGUUAGGGAAAGGAGCUGAUACUGGGCAAUGGAAGAACCAAGAAUACCUAAGCAAAUUGGAAAGUGUUAGUCAAGUAGUAAAUAGCAUUUGCAAGGUAUUGGAGAGUGUUCCAUUGGGACCCUCCUUGGAAAACGCUUUAUCUGAUAAUGACGAAAAACAUGAUAUUCAAGUUGUAAUUGCAGUCUUACGGAAGCUAAAUGAUGCGAAAAUCGCAAUGGAUUAUUUCCGUUGGGUGGAGAAGAAAAAUGACCAAACUCAUUGCCCAGAAGCAUACAAUUCACUUCUCAUGGUAAUGGCAAGGAACAAAAAUUUUGAGCAUAUAGAGCAGAUUUUUCAAGAAAUGAGUCUUGCUGGCUUUGGUCCCUCGAGUAGAACAUGUAUUGAAAUGGUUACAGGAUGUGUCAAGAGCAGAAGAUUAAAAGAAGCAUUUGAUCUAAUUCAAACUAUGAGGAAAUUUAAGUUUCGCCCAGCAUUUUCAGCAUAUACAACAUUAAUAGGUUCAUUGUCUGAAGCCCAUGAACCCGAUCUCAUGCUGAACCUCUUUCAUCAAAUGCAGGAAUUAGGGUACGAAGUAAAUGUCCAUUUGUUCACCACAGUGAUUCGAGCAUUCGCGAGAGAGGGCCGAGUUGAUGCGGCUCUUUCCUUGCUGGAUGAGAUGAAAAGCAACUCUUACAGUGGAGACAUUGUCCUCUACAAUGUUUGCAUCGAUUGCUUUGGUAAGUCAGGUAAGGUCGAUAUGGCUUGGAAGUUCUUCAAUGAAUUGAAGGCCCUUGGUAUUACACCUGACGAAGUGACCUACACUAGUCUGAUUGGUGUUCUCUGUAAAGCUAACAGACUACCUGAAGCUGUUGAGCUAUUUGAGCAGAUGGAGCUCAAUAGGGCAGUUCCUUGUGCAUAUGCAUACAACACAAUGAUCAUGGGUUAUGGAUCUGCUGGAAAGUUUGAUGAAGCAUACAAUUUACUCGAGAGGCAAAAGGCAAAGGGUUCAAUACCCAGUGUGAUUGCGUAUAAUGGUCUCCUUACUUGCCUUGGGCGGAAGAGAAGGAUAGAUGAGGCUUUACAGAUUUUUCACCAGAUGAAAAAAGAUGCAGCCCCAAAUCUGUCAACGUACAAUAUUCUCAUAGACAUGCUAUGCAAGGCAGGGAAGCUUGAGAUUGCUUCACAAAUUCGUGAUGACAUGCAAACGGCUGGAUUGUUUCCUAAUGUAUUGACUGUGAACAUAAUGAUUGAUCGUCUGUGCAAGGGUAACAAACUUGAUGAAGCUUGCUCAAUAUUUGAAGGGAUGGAUCACAAAGUUUGUAUGCCAGAUGAAGUUACAUUCUGUUCCCUAAUUGAGGGGUUGGGCAGGCAUGGAAGGGUAGAUGAUGCAUAUCGCCUCUUUGAAAAAAUGUUAGAUUCUGGCCGAACAUCACCUAGUGGUGGUGCUAUUGUUUGUACAUCUCUAAUCAAGAAUUUUUUCAAAUGUGGGCGAAAGGAAGAUGGUCAUAAAGUUUACAAAGAAAUGGUUCGUAGAGGGAUUUCUCCUGACCUCCCCCUUCUUAAUACCUACAUGGAUUGUGUUUUCAAGGCAGGUGAAACGGAUAGAGGGAAAGCAAUUUUUGAUGGAAUCAAGGGUUGGGGGUUCACACCUGAUGUGCAGAGCUAUUCUAUAUUAAUCCAUGGCCUCACUAAAGCAGGCUUUGCUCAUGAGACUUAUGAGCUGUUCUAUGCGAUGAAGGAACAUGGAUAUGUUUUAGACACACAGGCUUAUAAUAUUGUUAUAGAUGGAUUUUGUAAAUCUGGGAAAGUUAAUAAAGCUUACCAGCUGCUGGAGGAAAUGAAGGCAAAAGGUAUCGAGCCUACUGUAAUAACAUAUGGUUCAGUCAUUGAUGGGCUUGCCAAGAUUGACAGGCUUGAUGAGGCUUACAUGCUUUUUGAAGAAGCCAAAUCCAAACAUGUUGAUUUGAACGUAGUGGUGUAUAGUAGUCUAGUGGAUGGAUUUGGGAAAGUUGGUAGGAUAGAUGAGGCGUAUCUGAUCAUGGAGGAGUUAAUGCAAAAAGGCUUGACACCAAAUGUGCAGACAUGGAAUUGCUUGCUUGAUGCCCUUGUGAAGGCAGAAGAAGUAGAUGAAGCUCUCGUCUGCUUCAAGUCAAUGAAGGACUUGAACUGCCCUCCUAACUUCGUCACGUAUAGCAUUCUCAUAAAUGGCCUUUGUAGGAUUAGGAAGUUCAAUAAAGCCUUUGUCUUUUGGCAAGAGAUGCAGAAAGUAGGGCUAAAGCCAAAUACAAUCACUUAUACCACCAUGAUCUCUGGGCUUGCAAAAGCAGGAAAUGUGUCAGAAGCUGAAAAGCUCUUUCGGAAAUUUAAGGCCAACGGCGGUGUACCAGAUGCCGGUUGUUACAACACUAUGAUAGAAGGGCUGAGUGUUGCAAAUAGGGCAGCAGAAGCAUACCAGCUGUUCGAGGAAACUCGACUAAGAGGUUGUGUUAUAUAUACCAAAACUUGUGUUGUUCUUCUAGAUUCGCUGCACAAAGCCGAGUGUCUUGAGCAGGCUGCUAUCGUGGGCGCUGUGUUGAGGGAGAGAGCGAAAUCACAGCAUGCUUCAAGAUCAUUGUGAUUCUUCUUUGAGUCAAUGUAUACUCUUUUCAUUUAGUAAAGAAGAAAAGGUCUUUAGUUUGGCCUACAAACCUCAUCAGACACACCAUUACUGAUUUCAAUAAUUAUUGCUUAGCAGGUUUGACAACAAAAUCAAUAAAUACCAAAUGAGAAAAAUAUAACAUGUAUUAAGUACAUAUAUUUGGUCCAUUAUCAAUAUGCCAUGAGGACUAGUGAUAAGCCUUUUUUUAUUAUUGUAAUAGAAGUUCCGUAUUUAAAA